CCCACGGCAUAUGGAGGCUCCCAGGCUAGGGGUACAAUUGGAAACCUCAUGGUUCCUAGUUGGAUUCAUUAACCACUGAGCCACAGCCAGAACUCCUGCAUUUUUAGUUUACUCAUUGCCGCUGUACUGAAAUACAAUGUAUUUUUGUGUGUUGAUCUUGUAUCCUGCAACCUUGCUGGACUGUUUACUGGUUCCCAUAGACUUUUUUAGCAGCUUCCUAGGAGUUUUGAAGAUACUUGAUCAGGUCAUCUAAUAGAGAAGUUUUGUUUCUUCCUUUCUGAUGUGAAUGCUGUUUAAUGUUCAUAAUUAAUCGCUCUGCCCCCUGGUUUGGGGCAGUAUUUUUGUUUCCUUAUUUACCCAUCUUUUGGUCAUGAUUUUUGUCUUAUUAAGUGCUAUCUAUGUAGGAAGGAUACUCAGCAUGUGUGUUGCAAAUACCCACACUCCCUUGUUCUGCUGUUAAUUAGGACUCUUAAGCCCUAGGUCAGUCAUGUCUUCGGGCACCCUCUCUUAUCUGUGGGUGUUGGGCAGGUCAGCCACCUCUCCAAGCUUGGUUCCUUGUGUUAAAAUGAAGAUAGUAACAAUUUUUUCCCUACUCUUUUCUGUGGAUGGUUGAGCACUGCACAAGGUCAGGAAUUGGGGCCUUUUAGAGUCUGUCAGAAUUGCAUUGCUGUGUGACUCGAACAUUGGACUUCUGCACACGGAAGCCCGAAUCCUCCCAGACAUGCCAUUUACAUUGCCCAGCACGCUUGCACCCCUGCCACCCUCAGUGUGUCAUCCAGCCUUGCUAUGUUCAGUUGCCCCAUCUGUAAGGUGGAGAUGGACCGCCUUCCUCAUGUGGCUGUAAUACAGUGAAGCACUUAUUAGAUGCCCAGUGUUGUUUGUACUGUUCCAGAAGUCAGCCCCCUUUUCCUGGCUAAGUGCACAAACCCAAAGGGCCCCCUAGACUCACACAUCACACCCCACCCCCCAGCAUUUCAGCCUGGUGAGACCCCGCCCAGUAUCUGGGUUGGGCAGAGCUUGUGGGUGCACUAAAUGUGGCUUGGCCAGCCACAGGCAAGCACCGUCCCUCACUGUCACUGCCCACAGAGAGGAUCUGGGGCAGCCUCAGCCUCCCCGAGGGGAGAAGGCAGAGCUGAGGCCCUAUGAACACCCUCACCCAAGGUCAGGCAGGGCCAACGUGGCCAUGGAAGGGGUAUCUUGACCUCCCUGAGCCUCACUUUCCUCUGGCAGGGCUGCUUGUGCAUAGACAUGGGACGUGCGAUUACAGGGUGCGUGGGAGCAUGUGUGCAGCCCUCCCCAGUGAUAGCCACCACCCUUGGGCUGUCCCACUUGUGCUUGUCCUUAUAGCCCAUGUGAAAUGGUGUUCCAUGCAUCCCACAGUGGAUCCCCUAAGUGGCUGCUUUCAGGUGGAUGUGGAUUUUGGCGGCCUCUCCAUUCCCCCACGGAUGUCCUGGGUACAUACUUUGAUAACAGAGCCCUCCAGAGUUUGUUGGCGAAUUGGUCGUGGAUUGAGAAAAAGCAUCCAGGCAUGUGUGUGCAAGUGCAGUCACCCUCACAGGGUACCUUCCAAGUACUUCGUGGGGACGGCACUUCUGUGGGAACUGUCAUCAUGUUCCACUGCCCCUCGGGCCACCAGAUGGUGGGGUCUGGCCUCCUCACCUGUGCCUGGAAGGGAAGCAUCGCUGAGUGGUCUUCAGGGACCCCCACGUGCAAGACUAUACCACCCUAUGAGACCUUUGGCUUCAGGGUGGCCGUGAUCUCCUCCAUCGUCAGCUGUGCCAUUAUCCUGCUCAUGUCCAUGGCCUUCCUCACCUGCUGCCUCAUGAAAUGUGUGAAGAAGAGUGAGCAGCAGCGGUCAGACAGGGCAGCCCAGCUGUGGCUCCAGUUGAGAGGCGAGGACUUGGAGACAGUACAGGCCCCUUACCUUGGCCUCAAGGGCCUCAACAACAACAACAGCAGCAGCAGUGGGGAGCCCAGAGUCCAGCCCAUCCAUGGGCACGACAACCACAGCUUCACCACAGACCUCGGCGAGGGCACCAGAGGUCUGGCCAACAUGGCCCGAGGCAUGGACAAGGACCCCUGGACCCUCAGUGGCCCCACCAGCUCACCCCACGCCCAGGUGAUGGUGCACACAGCAACCGCAGGGCAGACCCCGCCUGCCCCCACCAUGGGAGUGCUUAGAUAGCCUGCAGCCUAUGUCCUGGGGUGGCAAAGGCAGAGGCCAGAACCUGUCCUCCACACCAAGAGGGCCAGCGGACCCCACCAGCCGGCGACUUGCAUCUCAACAUGUGUCCAGUUCAAGAUUGGUCAGUGAAAUCAGCUUCCUAGUUUAGGGAUCUCUCAGGGCAUUAAGCUGGGGACCCUAACAGGGGGUGUCCUGUCCUAGGGGAUCCCAGCUGUGGCAGUUUUUAUAGAUAGGCUUCCUUGAAACCACUACUGAGUUCCCAGAACCAGCUGCGGGCUCCCUCUAGCCAGGCUCCUUUGAAGAGACUGGGGGACACUUUAAGCACACGUAGUUUUGCAUAGCAGAGUGGGGAUGUGGCAGCAGGUGACAGUGGCAGCAGGUGACAGUCACAGCUGGCCGCCUUGUGUGUUCCCCCAUAGGGCAUGCUGCCUAUAAGCAGGGACCCAGAUGAGGCCCUGCAUCCGUUAUCUGUAAAGUUGUGGGAAGGGGUAUGAAAUAAACAAUUCUGUGAAAAAGUAAAAA